GCUCGAGCCGCACGACGGACUUUUAUGAAUGAACGCUGCGUUGCCAAGUCCGUCCGCGGUCGUGCGCGGCGGUCACGACGCAGACAGGGGCCGCAUUCCUGCCCCGCCCACCUCCGGGGCUUUAUAACGGGACCCGGGCGGCCGUGGUCCCAUAUAGCUCUGCAUGGCGAGGAGGCUUUCGGCGGAUCAUCAUAAUAAUAGUAUGUACUGGGACACUAUCCUCAAACCGGCGGACAAAAACACGCAAGCGGAAAGAAGAGACGCAAAAAUAAAGAUGGAGAUCUACCAGUCGGGGUUUUUCACGGAGGACUUCAGGACGCAGGAGGUGCCAGCGGGCUUUGACUUUGCAUCCUACGAGUGCCCUGGCGAAGAACUGUCUUUCUCAUUGGACAGCAAGGCGGCCGCACAACAUCACCGGACAGACUUGUAUGGAGAAACCCAGAAAGCAACUCGCCUGUGCGACACCAAAGUGAACGCUGGUGACUCCUGGCUCUUCAACAUGGACUCGUAUCCAGAGUUCAACUACUGGGCAUCGUAUCCAAAUGAUGGGCUAACCUUAGACCAGUCUCAGACAGGGUUCCAGGAGUCUACCCAGACUUACCAGACUCUGAUACCCCAGAACGGUCAGUUCAGCCCGGGCAUGGAGGAUGGCAACAGCCCCUUCCUUCCGGGAAAGGGAGGAAAUGCGUUACAGAGUGAAACGGAUCAGCGGUAUUCCUGUAACCCGGCAGAACUCUACGACUCGGACGUCCAGAGACAGCCGUCCUCCUUCUGGCCGGACUACCCAUCGCCCAGUUUUGCUGCUGCCUUGCCCCACCCUACUCCUUCCUCGUGUCCCUCCAACCAUGGGCCUCCGUCAUCAGAGCAGUACUGCCCCCGUGUGAUCAAACGCAAAAACACACACUCCCAGAGGCCAGAGAGGGAAGGGCAGAUGGCUGGAAUGUCCGCCUACCCAGGCUCUGGGCCAAUCCAGUUGUGGCAGUUCUUGCUGGAGCUGCUUCUCGACUCUGCCUGUCGCACCUUCAUCUGCUGGACAGGAGAUGGCUGGGAGUUUAAGAUGUCUGACCCGACAGAGGUGGCCAAGCGCUGGGGCCAAUGUAAGAACAAGCCCAAGAUGAACUACGAGAAGCUGAGCCGCGGCCUGCGCUACUACUACCACAAGAACAUCAUCCACAAGACGGCGGGCAAGCGCUACGUCUACCGCUUCGUCUGCGACGUGCAGGGCAUGCUGGGAAAGACGGCGCAGGAGGUGCUGGCCAGUCUGAACGUUUUGCCCACGGGCACAGAGGCCUGGCAGCGCCCCGCGGUGCCGGCCACGACAUCGGAUCAACACCACACCAGUGAGACGUGGUUGUCCAAGUAGUUAUACGGAGUCCUCGGACCGUUUGCUGCUCUUGGUGCUAUUGGCUGAAGGUCCCGUGUGGUUUUAACGGGAUUUGGCCGACCCAUGUUUUAUAGUGUACUUCAGUCUGCGAAGUGAACGCAGGCUCUCGAACCCCUGACUGAGCUUUACAUGUAAAGGACUGUAACGUCAUUCAGGAAAGAACGAGUCCUCUUUAGAAAACGUCACACACACACACACACACACACACACACACACACACACACACACACACACACACACACACACACACACACACACACACACACAUAUAUAUAUAUAUAUUAGCAGAACAAUGCCCGAGGUUGAUCAUUUAGCAUCUGUAAACUAAAGAGGACCUCGUUUGAAAACUGUUGUCAAUUUGUCAACGAAUGACUUCAGAUGGCCCUUCCUGCUGUCACAUCUAAUUCAAGUUUUCAAUCAUUUUGUAUUGUAAGGUAGGGGAUAUUGGUGCUGGGCAAUAUGGAAAAUAUUGCCAUCUCGAUAAUCAUAGGGUAUUUUACACAACAUCAAUAUAUAUAUAUAUAUAUAUAUAUAUAUAUAUAUAUAUCAUGCUUUUUGCUGACAUGUGCAAAAACAUCCUGUUUAAUAAUCCAACUGGGGUUCAUCACAUUGAACUGUUUAGCGAUGUAAAAUAUAAUAUCAAACCCCAAAUUGGUUUUCACAUAAUAAUCCCUCAAAUUUUGCAGACCUCAUUUUUUGAGACAUUUUUUUUGCUAUUAGAUUCUCAUUCUCAUUCAUUUUAGACAACAAAAUCACAUAUCAUGAUGUGACAAUCGCCGAAUGUAAUCCCUAUACAUUACCAUCGAGAGACAAUAGACAAUAACAUUCAAUUAUUGCUCAGUCCCAGGGGAUAUCUUAUCGAUUUGGAAUGGCGUUAUUUGAGCGCACUUGACCUCUAUUGCCUCACCCCUUCACCUUAAGGUGGCGUACCAUUCAGGAAAGGGUUAAUUCAGCACUACGAAUGAAAGACUCGGGUAGCAGCUGCGGUUGCCUCCCUUUGAUGUGGUUCCGCAUAAGCAUCGGUAUGUACAUAAUGUCAAUAUGUUUCCUACGUGCAGGAUCGUGCAUUUGUUUGAAGAUUAUUUUUAUAUCGAACUUGGGUCUACCUCUAUUGCUGAUCGAAUAAAGUAGGGAUGAUAUUCAGAA